AUGCUAUCUAGAGAGAUAUUGAAUGGUCCAAAUGCAACUGAAUUUGAUAUGAUGAUAUUUCAGGAUCUUUUUAUUGCUAAAGAGUUUGGUGCUGCUGGAUUAAUUUUAUUUCCUUAUCAAGGAAUAUUAAAUGCAUCAAUUAAUAGUUCUGCAACAAAAGAUGAUCAAGUGCAUUCUGGCCGUUGUAGUGAAUUACUUCAUAUCAAAGAAAUAUCAUAUGAAGAAGAUGGGCAACUUAAGACAUCUUUUCAGAUGAUUCCGGUUUUUCUUAUUUCAUUUGAAGAUGCUACUAAUUUUUUAAGACAAAUGGUGGGGCCAAAGUUUCCUGAUAAUUGGAUAAUUAAUGAUACAUUUUCUUAUAAACUUGGACCAGGAUUUGAAAAUAAGAACAAAAUAAAACUGGAAAUUAAAAUUGAAAAUGACAGAAAUCAAACUGAUUAUAUUAUUAUUGGAAAAAUUUUUGGAGGAAGAGAAACAGAUCGAUCAGUGAUGAUAGGAAUGUCAAAACAGUUUGGACAAUUAAGAGGAAUUUCUACUUUAUUAGAAAUUGCACGCAUCUUUGGAAACUCAAUAAAGAAUGGAAGAAGACCUAGAAGAAAUAUCUUAUUUUGUGUAUGGGGUUUUUCUGAUAUAGAAUCCUUUAGCUUUUACAAAUGGAUAAUAGAGAAUCAUAAGAAGUUAGAAGGUGAAUUAGUUUCAUAUAUAGAUGUGUCAUCUUUAAAAUCUCCCAAAAUAACAAGUUCACCAUUACUGUAUGAAAAAGUUUUAAAUAUUAUAAAUAAAAUAUCCAAAAUAAACAAAAUAACAAAAGAAAAAAAUUCAAGAUGGCUGAAGAAGAUUAAUGAUGAUAUACCAGAAAAUUGCAUUGAAGGAAAUAGUUUUGAUCCACUUUAUUUUAAAUUUGGAAUUUCAACUAUUCAUUUUAAAUUCAACUGGAAUUUGUAUAAUGUGAUAUCGGGACAGAUUUUGUUAGAAACAAUUCAAUCAUUAUCUGACGAUUCAGUCCUUUCUUUUACUUAUGAAGAAUACAUUUCUUAUUUUAAAAAUGCAACACAUUAUCUCAAGAAGCAAUAUAAAAAUUUUUUUAAAGAAAAUGGAAUAGCAUUAAAUUCCCUUGAAUUGGCUAUUAAAGAAUUUGUUCAAGUAGAAGAAAUAUUUAUGAAAAAUUUAAAAGUUAACUCUAAAAAUUCUGAUGAAAUAAGAAGUAUUAAUGAUAUAUUAAUGAAGACUGAAAGGACAAUGAUCGGUUUUAAUCAUUUUCCACUAAGAAAUGACUAUAGACAUAUAUUGUUUGGGACAAAUAUAUCCAAUAUUUGUAACGUAAUCAGUUUUCCUGGAAUAGACAAUUUGUAUUUUGAAAGUAAAAUUAAACCUGGAAAGUCUUUUCAAGAUGAUAUAACAAAACACAUUGCUACAAUUGCAUUUCACAUUGAAAGCCUCGCAAAAAUAUUACAUGGAGGUUUGUGGUACAUGUCUUUCGUUGAGAUGUGACAAGAAUGAAAUAAUUUAUAACCAAGAUUUCAAAAGUGAAGAUCUGCUUAAAGUAUGUUCGUCACUUUGUCGCAAAAAAAAAAUCUAAGAUUAAUUUUUAUACUUUAAGAACAACUUUUAUAUACUUAAACAUAUUUUACACAAUAAUAAAUAAAUAUUUUUA